AUGGUCUUCAAGUUUUCAACCUUCGAUCCCACCGAAGAUCCUCCGGAUUUCGAUCCUCAUUCGCCGCCUGCUUCUCGGUCAUCAACGUUUUGUCUGCCGCUUGAUCCUUCUGGCUGCAGUUUCAUCAGAGCUGUAACAUCCUGCCAGGUCGGUGCUGGUGCUUCUCAGCGCUUGGCCAAUUCAGCUUCCAAGCUUGUUUGCUGGAGGCCAAGCGAAUCGGUCCAAUUUCCAGAGGAAGGACGCCUCAAAAGGUUCGCUUUCCACGAGCUGAAGGUCGCUACCAACAGCUUCAGUGAUACAAAGAAGGUGGGUGAGGGCGGGUUCGGCUGCGUGUACGAAGGAGUCCUGGGAGACGGGGACAUUAAACCUGACAACAUACUGUUGGAUGAGGAUUUGGAGGCUCGUAUUGGGGAUUUUGGGUUGGCCUUGUUCAUAGACGAGUACAAAGAGAAGGCUGUUCCUGAAGGAGGACCUAACGGGGAAGACGCUUAUUUCACCUCCUGCGCAAUGGGAACACUCGGUUACAUGGAUCCAGAGCGCUUUACCGGAAGAAACUCAGUCAAGAGCGAUGUUUAUGGGUUCGGGGUGACGCUUCUCGAGCUCAUAAGCAGUCGAAGAGCACGGGAAACAACCUGCCUCGACGGAAAUGAACUGGGGCUGCUUCAAUGGGCACGCGCCCUUUUCAAAAACGAACAGCUGGAAAGGCUAGCCGAUACUGAUAUGCCGGGCGGCUACAACGAGAGCGAAGUUGAGAAAACCGUUCGCCUGGCUCUACUUUGCACGCAGUCCGACCCCAAAAAACGACCUCAUAUGGCGGAAGCAGUCCUAUUUCUCGAAGGAAUUAUAAGCUUGGAGAAAAGAUGGGAGGAUUAUCGACAUGAACACGAAGUAUCCGACCCAGCUAAUCCCUCCAGUUCGAGCGACUGCUCUUCUUGUCCAAGGGAAGAAGAAUUAUCUGGUCCUAGAUGA